ACGACGGGACUAUUAAUACGACGGGACCAUUAUUUACAACGCAGUGGUUAUUUUGCUGUGAACGGCAAGUCCUCACCUGACUUUUUUUUUUUUUUUUUGCGCAUGUACAAGUACCGCCUCGUAAAAAGUGUGCCAGCUCAUAUGCUGCAUUUGAUGAAGGUGGUGAAGCGGAUUUCGUCCACUAGCAUUUACCCAGUUAGCAUCUCAAAGCGUUCGAGUCGAUGGCUGAUUCCGAUGGAUUGUUUUUUGUUCUCAUCAUUCUAAGUCGGAUGCUGGCCUACGAUAUAACAUGAUUUCCCAUGGUUUUAAGAGCAGCAAAAAGGACUUUACCUUUGGCCCUUGGAAAGUUACAACUGCCAAAAACCAUAUCAUGAAGUCCAAAGACAUUGAAAGAUUAGCACAAGAGUUGAACUUGCCUGCCCUUCCCGAAAUGUUAUUUGGUGACAACAUCCUGCGCAUCCAACACAGCGGUGGCUUUGGAAUUGAAUUCAAUGCCAUUGACGCCCUGAAGAGAAUCAACAACUCUGACGACGCUGUACAAGUGGCUUGUGCUCGACAAUGGCAGGAGAGCAGACUUGCUUCUGAACACGCUCAAGAGGUGGUGAGACCAUACGACUGGACAUUCACCACAGAUUACCGAGGCACCCUAAUAGGAGAAGAAAGGCAGUUAGAGGUGACCGAGACUACAGAAAGAAUCAACUUGGAGAAGCUGAGGGCCCGUGAACAGAUUGUGUUCUUUGAUGAGGUCCUACUGUUUGAGGAUGAGCUGCACGAUCACGGGGUCUCAACGAUAAGUGUUAAAAUUAGGGUGAUGCCCACCAGUUUCUUCACAUUGCUGCGUUUUUUCCUGCGAGUGGACGGUGUGCUGAUAAGACUAAAUGACACGCGGCUGUACCAUGAGGCUGGACAGAAGUACAUGUUACGAGAGUUCUGCACAAGGGAAAGUAACAUAGCAGAAUUAAAGAAUGUUCCUACCUCGCUCUACACUGAUCCUAAUGAAAUUGCUCAACAUUUAACCUUCAAGUUAAGACAAUGUGAGAAGUUGAUACUUCCUGAGCAGGAGCAUGAUGCCAUUAAUGAAGACCUUAAAUGACCACUUUAUUCUUCUGUGUUUACUUAAGUAACAGAAUGAACUAUCUAUAAAGUAGAAUUGGUAACAAAUGACUUAUUCAAACAAUAAAUAAUAGAUACCAUUGUGUAUAAAGU